AUGGAUUUGGAAACAAAUCCACCCUUAAAGCCCCUCGACUCGAUCGAUCAGACCGUCCUCGAUGCACACGAUCUCGCUGCCCUUGGCCAUGACCAAGCACUAUCACGCAAGUUCAGCAUCUGGAGCAUGCUUGCUCUUGGAUUCUGCGUACUCGGAACAUGGGGAACAUUUGCACAAGAUCUAGCUACUGGUCUGACCAACGGCGGCCCCGUUGGGAUUCUCUGGGGGUUGCUGCUAGUCACGAUAUGCAAUAUCUGCGUGGCAUUGUCCCUCGGAGAGCUCUGUAGCAGUAUGCCGACAGCACUUGGCCAAGCAUAUUGGGUGUUUCGCCUCUGGAAUUCCCCUACUGGUCGAUUUACCUCCUAUCUUUGUGCCUGGAUCAAUACAUUCGGAUGGUGGACUCUCGCCGCAUCUGCGAAUGCCUUCAUGACGAAUUUCAUUCUCGGGAUGAAGGUCAUGUUCGAUAUCCAUUGGUCAGGGGCUACAGAAGGCUGGGUACAGCUGUUGUUGUACAUCGGCCUGACGUUAAUGCUCACUGUAGUGAACCUGGUCUCUUGUCGCAGUGACCGGACAUUGCCUAUCCUCAACAAUUUUAUUGGGCUGUGGUUCGCCGGGCUGUUCGUGGUGAUUAGUAUUGUGAUGAUUGCUUGCGUUGCCGCGAAACCGAACCUAUCAUUUCAGCCAGCGCGGUUUGUGUUCGCUACAUGGUCUAACGAUACCGAAUGGAGCGAUGGAGUCACCUGGUUUAUUGGUCUCGUUCAAGCUGCUUACGGGUUGACGGCCUUCGACUCCGUGAUUCACAUGGCUGAAGAGAUUCCUGCACCUCGAAAGAAUGUUCCCAAAACCAUAUGGAUGUCGGUCGUAUGCGGUGCAGUUACCGGCUUCAUCUUCAUGGUGAUCUGCCUAUUUUGCAUUCAAAAUCUGGGUCGCGUCCUGAACUCACCAACAGGGUUGCCAUUUAUUGAGCUCAUCCAGAGCACAGUGGGUCUAAAUGGCGGUGCGGUCCUUAUUGCAAUGUUCGUGGCAAACGGAUUGGGUCAAGGGGUCAGCAUUAUGACGACUUCCUCGCGCUUGACCUGGGGAUUUGCUCGAGAUGGCGGUAUACCAUGGAGUCAAUACUUUGGACAUGUUGAUCAGACGUGGAAAGUGCCAGUACGUGCACUAUGGCUCCAGGGAGCCCUGAUCGCCGUGGUCGGGUUCCUCUAUCUCGGUGUGACCACAGUCCUCGAGGCUAUUCUCAGCGUCAGCACAAUCGCACUCACGAUCUCAUAUUGCAUCCCAAUUUUGACAUUGCUUUGCGUUGGUCGAGAUAGACUACCACCUGGCCCUUUUUCCCUGGGCAAAUUCGGGCCUAUUAUCAACUGGGUCAGUGUGGUAUACUGCAUCGUAACCACGGUCUUUUUCUUUUUCCCAGGCAGUCCUGCACCAACGCCGAGUGACAUGAAUUACGCAAUUGCUGUCUUUGGAGUAAUGUUGGUCAUUGCAAUUGGUUUCUGGGUUUUCAAGGGCCAUAAGACUUAUUUGACGUCGGAGGAGGCGAUGAAUACCAUCAUUCAAGCUCGUUGGCAAGAAGAAUCUGUGAGGGCCACACCUGAUGAGAAGGAAGACAAGACUGGAUCUUUUGGUACAUAA